AAGAAUCAUGGUGAACAUCUGGUAUUGUUUUUAGAAGGAUCAGUCAGUGUACUAAAAUACACUUGAUUCAAAAUGAAAAGAUUAAUUUGUGGAUUGUCGGGGUGUUUUCUCAUCUUAUCAUCCUACAUUCAAAUUACCGUACCUAGUGGCGUUUGUAACAAAGAACCACUGAUAUGCUGCACGAAUUACAGAAGAGUUAAAAAUAAUUGUGAAGAAUGCUGGCCUGGAACAUUUGGUGUCAACUGUAAUCGCACUUGUCCUAAUGGAUUUUAUGGUCGAUUUUGCUUAGAGAAAUGUAACUGUUCAUCGUGUCACAAAAUAUCAGGAUGUAGACAGAAUAUAAACUCAUCGGUUAAUGGUACAGAUUUGCCAAAAUCAUCCCAAUCAGAAGAACUUGCCGUUACCGAGGACGCUGACUGGCUUAUUGUUGCUAUGUUUGUUUCCGGAACUGUUGGUCUCUGUUUUGUAAUUGGCUUCGUAGCCCACAACAAACUUAGACGAUCCAAAAUCGUUGGGAAACAACAAUUAAAUCCAAGUGCAAGAACCACACCUUUUGCGGAAAACUAGUAUACAGAAAACUUUACAAUUUCUAAAGAACCCAUUAUCCUUCCAAAUGCAAUAAUAUGACAGAAGCACUUACAUGUAGGUCUGAUAAAUAUUUUCAAGACAAGGUUGUCUUUAAAGCCUGUAAUAUAUCAGAAGACACCAAUAAUACAUAUAGCCAUGUUUUGUCCUACAGUAUAUUAAAUAACACAAUGGAUUCAGAAAAUGAGUCCAACAUUGUAAUAUAUUCCAGAUGUUAACAGAAAGUGACAUCCACAGAUAACAAUACUUACAAUGAAUCAGUGAUUAAAUGUACAACUGAAGACGAGUUCUUUUUUCUAAAUUUGUAUUGGCAAAAGUAGAUGAAUAUUAAGCGUCUAAUGAAAGGAAAAGAACAAUUCAGAAGGAUGAGUUUAGUUUAGACGUUUCUCAUACUGUUAAAUCAACCAUGCCAAACCCAGAAGCUUCUGUGACUUGAAAAGGUCAGAUGUCAUCAAAGGAAAAAGACUUGUAAAAAAAACAUAUGAAUGAAAUGUCCAAACUGCUGGAAAACUUGAAAUCAAAAUCUGAAAAACUGGAAAACAAUCAUUCAAAGGCAAAGAUCCUCAAAAAAGACAACCAAGAAGCUUUUGAGAUAAAGUUUCACCCCUUCUACAGAAAUUUCAUGAAUAACUGUAAAAACAAUAUGAAAGGCAUGUUGUCAACCAAAUUAUAUACUUUAAACAUCUAAAAAAAAUUGUAUGUAUAUCGACAUUUCAUUGACAUGUCAUUGUCCUUUUAAGCAGAGAUAAAACUUCUAUCUGGAUGUUAUUUUAUCAAAAAUGAUUGAUACAGGUACAUUAAUAUGUUUCAUAACAUAAUCGAUGUAUUUCAUUUGAAGUUGACGGUUGGAAAUUAAAGUCAUGACGUUUAGUAUAAA